AUGGAGCCUACAGAGCCUUCCCAUUGCCCCAUACCACCACAUCCGACGAUUCUAUUGCUGAAUUCUCGACCUUGGCUCUACGACAUCAAGGUGGCUGGCUUGAAAGACGUCUCUGAUGAUCAGCUCUUGGCAGCCGUCGGAAACCAUACCGACGUGGUGUGGUUGCAAGGCUGUUGGGAGCUAGGCCCUUAUGGCCAACGGCAUGAUGUUCAAGACCCUGGACGCUUGCAGCACUUCAAGGACUGCUUGCCAGAUUUUACUGAGGAUGAUUGCAUUGGAUCUCCCUAUGCCAUCCGGCAAUACAUUUGCAACCCCUCCUUGGGCACAGAGGAGGACCUCGCCCACUUCCGAAAACGCCUCGCUGCAAGGGGCAUUGCCUUGAUGCUGGAUUUUGUGCCAAACCAUAUGGCACGAGACAGUGCUUGGAUUGAGGAAGGAUUGUUUAUCAAAGGCCGGACUGGUGAUACCGUUUUUGGUCGCGACCCCUAUUCGGGCGAUUGGACCGACACGGCUCAGCUGAACUAUUGGUCAGAGGCUUGCCGACAGCACAUGCUGCAGCAGUUGUUGGAUUUGGCAGACCGUUGUGACGGUUUGCGAGUCGACAUGGCCAUGCUUUGUGUCAACGAGGUGGUCGAGAGGACCUGGGGCCCACUCCUUCGUGAGCAAGGCUUUCAGCGCCCGGCAGAAGAGUUUUGGGUUUGGGCACUGCCACAGCUCCGAAGACGUCACCCGGACUUCUUGCUCCUGGCGGAGUGCUAUGAGUACGAUGAAAUUCUUCCUCAUGGCACCAUGUUGGAGCUGUUGAAGCAAGGCUUCAGCGCUGCCUAUGACAAGGUGAUCUACGACAGGCUUACAGAAAGCCACCUGGACAAGCUGAGGGAGCACCUUUAUCAACACCCUCGCAUGUGCACAGGUCAGCUGUGCCACUUCACGGAGAAUCAUGACGAGGAUCGGACAGCAGCGCACUUUGGCCACCGAGCUUUGGCUGCCACAGUGGCAUCUUUGACUCUUCCAGGGCCUCGUUUGAUCAUGUGGGGCCAGGAAAAAGGCUUUCGAGAACGUCUUGCUGUACAUUUGAGACGCGCACGCCCAGAGGCUCCAGAUGCCAGUCUUUCGGCACCCUUGAGUGGACUGCUUGGUGCCCUCCAGAAGUGCAGAGGUCAAUUUCAGGCGCUCCCGGUAGACGGAGAUGCUUCUUGGAGGUUCCUUGCAUGGGGAUGGAAGGGCAAUCCAGAUGGUGCGCAGACAGUGGCAGUAGCUGUGGUGAACUACACAGAUGAGGAAGCCUGGGCGAAUGUGAAGCUUGCAGAAUUGCUCAAAGGUGCAACCGCCGAGACUUUGCACCUCACUGAUGUUUUAUCCCAAGAGGUCUUUGAACGAAGCACCGCUGCUCUUUGCGGAUCCGAAGGCCUCGUCGUAGGCUUGAAGCCAUUCCAAUCGCAUAUGCUUGUGUGCAGCUGGUGA